AUGCAAGCUGCUAAGAAACUUGCUAGCAAGAAACUCAUUGAUGUUGCUUUGCUGAAUGUUCGACGACGAUUCCUUGAUCUCACCACCCGGCAAUUCGCACCAGAAUCAUUUGAAUUUGACACAGUUCAGUACAGGUCUAAAAGGAUAUUUGAUGGUACUGUAACCGGGGGUAAAAAUGCACGAGCAUUGCUUGCUCUGGAAGCGUUUCAAGCUUUGAACCCCGAGGCGGAUACUGCCGAAAUUCAUAAAAUGGCAGAAUUUGCUUCAGUGCUCGAAAUGGUAGGUGCAAUUAAAAAUUCUCCAAGCCUCUUUAAACGUUCGCAAUUGUCGAAUAUGUCUAUUUUUCUAGAGGAAUUGACGAAUAUCUGAUU